ACUAUCGGCUCCACUAUGGGUCCCAAGAAGCUUAAAUCAGCCUUGUCUAAUCUGCUGUCGAAACAGAAAGAGAAGCAGAAGCAGAAUGAGAAGCAGAAGAAAACUGAGCAGUUAGAGCAGGAAAGGAAAAAGAAACAAGCGGCAUCACAAAAGCAACAACAGAAGCCUCCGUAUGAAUUCCUGGACAAGAUCCUGUUAGUGGGUGAAGGCAACUUUUCGUUUGCCCGAAGCUUAGUAGAAAAUAUCACCAAUGGUGGAGAGAAUUUAGUAGCAACAUGUUACGACAGCGAGGAAGUAUUAUACGAAAAAUAUGAAGGCGAAGCUAAGGAUAAUAUCGACGUGAUUAAGGAACUAGGUGCCACUGUUCUAUUCGAGGUUGAUGCUACACAAUUGGAAAAGUGCAAAGCCUUGCGAAAGCUGAAAUUUUCUAAAAUAGUCUUCAACUUUCCUCACGCAGGUGCCGGCAUCAAAGAUCAGGAUAGGAAUGUACAGUCGAAUCAAAAACUAUUGAAGUCGUUCUUUGUAUCUGCUGCUCCUUUCCUUCAAAGUAAAACAGCAGGCGACGAGGUUGAUGGCGAGAUUCAUGUUACUCUCAAAUCGGGACAACCAUAUGAUUUGUGGUCGAUAAGGACCAUGGCCAAAGCGACCGAUCUUCUUCGACCCAAAACUGCAUUCCCUUUUGUGCCUUCCAUGUAUCCUGGAUAUGCUCAUCGACGUACGCUUGGAUUCAAAGAAGGUCAAAGUAAGCGAGAAAACGAAGAGAUUGCCGACAAGAAACCCAAAACCUAUAUAUUCGUGCGAAGUCAGGUUAUGCAAGAGGACAUCGAAAAGUCAAAAGAAGGUAUGGCUCGAAAACGAUCAGUCAUGCGAGACCUGCAAGGACCAAACAAGAAAAAGCGCCGGAUAGAAGCUGCACAGUCCGAGUCGGAUGAGGAUUAGAGAGUUGUGUUUGUUAUUCUCGCGAAUUGUAUAUACGCAUUUUUCCCCAUUAUUUUUAUCCUUGUUGCUUUAUUGAACAUGAAAGACCGAGGAAAGCAAAGUAGUAGUUUAUUAGCAGCGUAGAUGUGCUACUCAAUAGGUGUUGAGGCACUAUGGUCACCCAAAUGUUUGAAUUGUGCAAUAAGAAAGCUUUUAAACAGAAUCGGGUAAGCCGUUCCAACCUGACAACAAAUGCAACCGCCACAAUGACAUUUGUGUGAGCCGUGACAACUCUUUUUUUUUAUAUUUUUUUUUAUAACCC